AUUCCUCUCUUCCGGCCUCGUCACUUAAUUAUCUCCUCCAAAUAGUUGUACUCAUGGAAGCCUACUCCUCGUCUUCUUCAUCCUCCACGUCAUCAAUGUACCUGGCUGCUGCCAACAACAACGUUAUUACCUCCUCGUCAUCGUCAGACGCCCCUCGAAAACCGUUCCAUUCAUCUCUCCAUACGAUUCGGAACUCCAACACCAAGAAGCCAUGGAACAACAAGAAGUUACCCAUCGCUCCGCUGCCGCCGAACCCUCCUAAGGUCUACAAGGUCGACCCAUUCAACUUCAGGGACCUCGUCCAGCGCCUCACUGGAGCCGCCGCCGCCGAAGCCAGCCUGCAGCCUCAGUACCAGCAAAUACAGCACCCAAGGAUUCAGAAGCUUGACCUGCUGGAGAGGCAGCCACAGCCGCCGCCGCCGCCGAUGCAGCAGCUUCUUCUCCCGGGUGGAUUAGUGGAACGGCAGGAGGGGUCGCCGUUUUCGGGGCUGUUUCGGGAGUUGAUGAUGGCGGAAAGGUCGUCCUACGUGGAGGAGGAUAGUAAUAAUAAUAUUAAUGAUUACUUUUAUAAUAAUAAUAAUGACAUUACGGCGUCGGAUAGUUCGGUGGAGCUGAAUCUGCUGCCGUCGCCGACCUCUCAACACUGUUGGUUCCCGCAGCUGUUGAGCCCAGCGGGGCCGGGGAACUUGAUUUCCGGACUGAAUCUAUAGGUCUCGAUUCCUAUGUAUAUGAUUAUGAUGGUCCUCUCUAGCAGCUAUUUCUUUAUUCUAGUUCUAAUAGUCUUGAAUAAUUGUAGCAUUUUAAA